UGCUAUAAGGCUCAUCCCUCUUUUUUUGGCUUUUCUCUGGAGAGUUUAUCUUGGCAAAACGUAUUUAAUAGAAAACUAAUACCUAAAAUCCAUUGCUUCUUUAAUGAUAAGGACACUCCAAAUCCUAAACGCUCAAACGAAGCUAUUUUUAAUAGUAAUUUUCUCCAGAUGUGUUACCAAACGUGAUAGUCAAUGAACUUGAGCACUGCUGGUGUUACUCGAGGAUGUGGUUGAUCUGUAACCUUGUUUUUUUGCUCCAAACUCGGCAUAAUAAGCAAGAGUAUAAAUUAUUGUAACUCGGUACGGAAAGAACCUCACUUCGUUUGUUUGUUGUAUCGCGUAAAUUACCGUACUAAAUCAUGGGACUCGCACAGCUUCCCCGGAACCAUCGCUUUUCCCUUUUUUUGUGCGGGGAAACAUAAUUAUUCCCCGUUUCGCCAUGUUGCAUCCAGACGGAGAAUGGGUGCGAAAAUCCAAACAUUAAAAAGAUCACCUCAACGUCUCGCUUCCAUAUCGAGCGAAGCGCGUCAAGCGGAGCGGACAAACGCGCGGCUAAAUUUAGUUUGUCCUCCGUCAGUUCGCAUCACCGUUCAUCAUCUAUCAUCACGAAAUCUUCGCACCACGGCACGACAAGUUCUUGGCCUACAUCAAGAGUGCGUAGUCGUUCCCUUCCACGCCAUCGAAGAAGCUGAACAGCGGCGCGCCGCCCAUGCAAAGCAAAGUGUGCGUGUGUGUCCCCAUUCUAAGGGAAAUGUUUGGGUUCCGGGGCACGAGAUAUCUCACCUCGCAAAGCGACCGUUCUUCUGUUUGUCAUGAGUGCGAAAGUGUGUGAAAAUGAUGCCGACAAAAGAUGCGAGGUGCGUUUCUUGUUUGUAUUACCCACGUUCAAGCACUUCGCGGGUCACCUUUGAGGAAAUGUGCUUGAAUAUUUGACGUUUCAGAAUAUUGAAUAUCGAAGUGUGGAUUUCGUUUUGCUGACAGAUGGAUAUCCACACUAUUCAUCGAUAAACCCAAUAACCAAAAGGAUGAUGCCGCUUUGUUUGGGGGAAAAAUAAGACAUCGAUCGAUGAAGAAGGUGAUAAACCUGUGCCAUAUGAAUGUAUUUUUAGUUUGCAGCAACAUCUUUGCAAGUCCAUUGUCUGCAUUCAACAUCUGGAGACAAAACAAACAAAACUGUCUAGACGAAUGUUUCCUUCCUGUCUACCGCUAAGAAGCACCGCUUCUAAGAGCACAAUCAGAAGUGGAAACAUCAGCCAAAUUCAAAGAGACUUCUCAUACCAUGCCAGUUUUACCUUUUGGAACACGCAUUGCGCCCAGCCGAAUGGGAAAACAAAAAACAUAACAAACUGUCUCACGUGCUCGUAGUUGUGUAAACGCACGCCCUUGUUACAUCAGAGCGUAUAAGCGCAUGCUUUCUUUACUUUCUUGACUGGCACAUGAUAGUAGAACGAGUUGGUACAAAAAACGACAACAAAUGCUUACAAACGUGCUGUAUGGUUUUUGGCGGAGCAGCGUGUUACCAACAACUGAGUACGUAUAUAAACUCAUGCCUGGGUGCAAAUGGGCAUCACAACACUUCUACAGAGGCUCGAGCAAACAAUCGGCAAAAUGAAGCAGCUGGUGUGUAUAGUUGUGUUUACUUUGGUGACACCAAAUCUGAUUGUCGCCGAGUGUGACACGAAAGGACUUAUCGUGGAGAAGAGCUUCCUCCAGUCGGUGCACGACUGUACCGAGUAUCUGCAGAUCCCGAAGGAACGAUUGGGCCAGUACAUGGCCAAUGAGUUCCCGCCGGACGAUGAGACAAAAUGUCUGCUAUUCUGCGUCGGAGUAGAUCUGGGCUGGUGGAACAACACGUGCGGUCUGCAGGUACCCGCCAUUGUGAGCUACUUCCAGCCGGUGCAGGGUGACAAGCAGUACGAAAAGCGCACCAAGGAAUGUCUGGAGCGGCGGGUGGGAGCGAUCGACUCACCGAACAGCUGCUGCCAAGCGUACGAAACCUUCCAGUGCUACUUCCAGGAGUUCGGAAACCUGGUCACCUGCCCCCAGUACGUGCGUUCGACGAAGCUGCAGGCGACGCAGGCCGCACUCGACUGCCUGGUAAUGCUGCGCUAUCCCGAGAAGCUGCUGAAGGUGUACGCAAGCGGUACGGUGGAGGAUUCGCCCGAAACUCGCUGCCUGUAUCACUGCAUCGACCUCCGGACGGGACUGUACACGCAGAAUGGUAUUUCGCUUCCGCGCUUCUUCGUACGCGAUGCGGCCUACAACGAUCUGCGCUAUCUGAGCAAAGAGACAAAGGCCUGUCGCGAUCGCAUUCGCCAGUCCGGAUGUGACAAGUGUUCGGAGGUGUACAACACACACACGGAGUGUUUGUCCGGGCUGGGCGAGAAAGGUUACACAUCCGGUAUCAUUACGGCGGCGGCCAAGAUUGCACUGACUAACCUGUGUGUAGGUUGCACUUCAGAUCACACACCAAGCACAAACUAUCUGCCCUACCAUCCGACAAAGUGUCCGAUGAAGCCACCGUGCUCUGCGAAAGGCUAUCCGGCACCGACCAAGCCACCCUGCUCGGUAUGCAGUAACCGGCAUGAGCCGGCCAAACCAGCUUACUCAUCACCAGCGGCUAGCGUACAGCCGGCGGUAGCACUGUCUUACGGUGGCCGAAAGCCGUCGCCAACAUGCAGCAAGGCCUCAGGAACGGGACAGGUUUACAACCUGUCGUAUCCUGGCUACAAGUCACGCAUGAGCUCUUGCAGCCGAUGUGGUGGCCGAGGUCACUAGUGAACGUGUUGCGCUAGUUAAAAUGUAUUCAAUUGGAUAAGUCGUUCUCUUUAUAGACGGUUUAUGUUUUACCUAAAGUAGUGAUUAUGUUUAGUGAACAGUAUUUAAUUUAUGACAACUCUCAAUAAAACAUAUUGAAAUGAAACCAAAUGAAUUUGAAAGGCAUGAUUCUCUACUUGCAUUCUGAAAACAAGAAUUGAAAGAAAAGAUACAUAUAAGAGAAAAACUGAACUAUUCAAAAAGAAAAAUUUGCAAAAGCUUGAUAUAAAGCAAACGCCCGUUAAAAUUGUUUAUAGUUCAUUCUUAUUUUUUUCAAUAAUUUAAAAAAAAAAUCUUGUUCCCCGUUAAGUUUAGCUCCUUUAUUCAGACGUAAAAAUAUACUUUAAUACUUUAGUAUGUAUGUCAAUUUUAUAGUAAUUGGAAGGUUUAAAAUGAGCAAAGAGCUAGGCCAUUCCUCAUCCAGUUGUUUUGCAGUUGCUUGCUAUAUUCAACUCAUCUACAAAAAAAAUGACAGUAGAUAAAACCUGUACAAAAUCAUGUGGUUAUUGAAAGGUAUAGAAAAGGCUAUUUAUUUUAAAUUAUUUUAUUUAAAAGGCAAAGGCACAAAUACUAGUAUAGGCAGAAAGACUUUAAUCUGGUUAAGCUGGACC